AAGAAGAAGCCCAUUCCUCUUCUGACAACAAGGAGGGUAGGGUGUAGUGCUCACUGCUGCUCUGUAAGAACUCCCGAUAAGCGGUUGAAACUUACUCGACAGCAACACAGAUUCACAGAUAAUAUUCAAAUAUUGUUAAUUUCUUAAGCCAGCAGUGGAGUUUAAAGUUCUGGGGUGUCUGAAGAAAAGGUUCAGGAUGUGUUAGAACAUGGACGACAACUGCUAUGCUAAGAUGGCGACACGAAGAGAAGACGGAAAAGAAUCAGCGCCAGCAACUACCAGAAAAUCAUCAACGGAGAAAAAGCUGAAAGCUGCAGAUAAAGACAUCAGGCCUCGUCGGUGUGUUGUCGGAGGGUGUAACAGGGAGGGAUUCAAGUUGCACCACUGGCCCGAAGAUGCGAAAGUGUAUUCCGCCAGACCCCCAAUGAAUGAACCAAAGUGUCUCCACAUUUGACCGGCGAUGACAGACAUGACACAGAGAUGUAUGGAUAACCUGCAGAUGCAUUUGCAACGAUAAAGUCAACUAAAUCACAAAGACGUCCAUCAGCUGAUUGAUCAUGAAGAAGAACAUUCACUUCGGCCGCAAGGGAUCUCCACUUUAAGACAGGAGGAUAUCCAUUUCCUUCAAGUUACAGAGGAAAGAGAGGAACUCCAGAUUAGUCAGGAUGCGUGUCUUUUAGAGCUGAAGGAGGCUGAUCCCACCAAGUUGCCAUUGACUUUUGUCUCUAUGAAGACUGAAGACCACAAAGACAAACCACAAGACCAGAAGCUGACUUGUCAUCAAGGGGGACAUUCCCUUGAUUCAACUUUGAAGCAGGAGAAUCCCGAUUCCCUCCACGUUAAAGAGGAAGAGAAGGAACUCUGGAUCAGUCAAAAGCAAGAGUGUCUUCUCGGGCUGGAAGAGGCUGAUCCCACCAAGUUGCCACUGACUGUUCUCUAUGUGACUAAAGACAAUGAAGACAAACUACAAGCAGACAAACUCUUAGCUCCACUAUCAGAUAGUGAGGCUGAAGACUUGGUUGGAGAACCUUUAAACAGCGAUACAGACUUCAAGAGUGAUAUGAGGACUCGUACUGACAACAAACACUCUGAAUGCUCUAAAAAUAAGAGCGGUAAAAAAGUAUUUAUCUGCUCAGUGUGUGCCAAAAGCUUUGCUCAAAAGGUCUAUUUGACCCGACACAUGAAAAGACACACAAGAGAAAAAGUAUUUAGUUGUUCAGUUUGUGGUAAAAGGUUUGUUGAAAAGAGAAAUAUGGACAGACACAUGAGAUCACAUACAGGAGAAAAACCCUUCAGUUGUUCUGUCUGUGGUAAAAGAUUCGCUCAGAAGGCACAUAUGGUGAAACACAUGAAAAGGCACACAGGAGAAAAACUCUUUAUUUGUUCAGUUUGUGGUAAAAGUUUCUUUGAAAAGAAAGAUAUGGAAAGACACAUGAGAACGCACACAGGAGAAAAACCUUUCAGUUGCUCUUUCUGCAUUAAAAGAUUCACCCAGAAGGGAGCUAUGUUGGCACACAUGAACACGCACACGGGGAAAAAAGUCCACAUUUGUUCAGUUUGUGGAAAAACAUUCUAUCUGAAUUCAAGUAUGGUAAGACACAUGCACAUGCACACAGGGGACAGACUCUUUAGUUGUGUAAUUUGUGGUAAAAGAUUCCUUCUAAAGUCAGGUGUGGAAACUCACAUGAGAACACACACAGGAGAAAAGCCCUUUAGUUGCUCUGUCUGUAGUAAACGGUUCGCUCAAAAGGGAACUAUGGUAAAACACAUGAGAACACACACGGGAGAAAAGCGAUUUAUUUGUUCAGUUUGCGGAAAAGGAUUCGCUCAGCAGUCCGUUAUGGUAAAACACAUGAACACGCACACGGGAGAAAAACCCUUUAGUUGUUCAGUUUGCUGUAAAAGAUACGCUGAAAAGAGAGCGCUUGUAACACACAUGAGUAAACACUCGGCACAAUGACCCUUUCAUUGUAGUUUGUGGUAGAAGUUACAAUUUAAGGCACAUCUGAGUGAACACAUGCGGAUCAUAAAAUGUUUUCCUCCCGAAUUUGUGGUAAAAGAGUUUCUAAAAAAGGAAAUGCAAUGUCAUAUUUGUGUAAUCUCAUGAAACGUGAUGAUCUGCUGUAUGUAUGCCAUGUUCCCUCAUGAGUAAUGUGCUGCUAAGAACUGUUGUCACCCAACUUUAAUUGGUUGGCGACAAGAUGAAUGGUGACAUUUACCUCACCUUCCUUCUUGAAUUAGUCCACAUCAGUGAUCAUGAAAUUGUGUUAUGUUUUAGACACAUAGUAUAAGUUACAAGAUAUGGUAUAUAUCUAACCAAAUGUAAAUUUGUUUUAAUACAGAAAUAGGGAUUGUCCCGUGAUGGAAACAUAAAAAUACGGAGACAAUGACUCUCUAAAUACUAAUAUGGUGUCCUUUUUUUUUUAAGGUAAAAAAUACUAUUACUGACUUCAGCAGAUACAACAUUUUGAUAACAAUCUAAUGUGAUGAGAAGCUAAAUAAACAAGUGUGUUUAAAAUAAUGACUUUGAUUGAUUGAAACUUGUAUUAGUAGAUUGCACAGUACAGUACAUAUUCUGUACAAUUGACCAAUAAAUGGUGACAGGUUGGGUUGCUAUCAGCAUACUUCAGUCAUCAACAAUGAUAUCAUCUGAGAAAUGGAGAUUGUAACAGUGUAGGUCUCACUUGAUAGGAUAUGUACAGCUAGCGGUGAACAUAGUGAGCUCAGAAACCAUAAAAACAAAGUAUAUACAUUUGAUUAUUUACAUUUGGUUAUUUCAUGUUGGGAGUGCAUUCCAUAUUGAUUUUAUAUAGGAGAAUGAGUUAAGACCUUUGUUAGAUCGGAAUCUGGGUUUGACAUGUUUUGUAGCGCUCCCCCUGGUGUUGUGGUUAUAGCGGUCAUUUACGUUCUGAUACUUCGGUAUCAGGGAGGUGUAGCGAAUUUUAUAGACAAGGCUCAGUGCAAGUUGUUUUACUCUGUCCUCCACCCUGAGCCAGCCCACUUUGGAGAAGUGGGUAGGAGUGAGGUGUGAUCUGGGGUGAAGAUCUAGAAGUAACCUGAAAAGCUUGUUCUGGGAUGUUUGGAGUCUUGAUUUGAGGGUUUUGGAGGUGCUUGGGUACCAGGAGGUGCAUGCGUAAUCGAAAAACUGUUGAAUGAGAGAGGAGAUUCUGUAUAGAAAUCUUGUUUGUUGGUUGACCUUUUUGAUUACCUUGCUUGCCAUUUUAUCACAGGAAAGAUUAUCCUCUCGAAUGGAACCUAGGUAGGUGAAGACUGAGUAGUUACCAGUGUUAGUGCAGCAAAGGGUGUAAUUUCACAACACAGCAAUGUCAAGUUGUUGUCGCCUCAGACUCGAGCACAUGGUGGGCAAACAAACGUAUUUGUAGAGAUAAGUUAAUUGAAAGAGUGAAAAUAAUGCAUACCUGCCAUGUUCUCACUGGUGGAUAUGGUUCUAAAAGGGAUUUUGCUGAAAACUUUUUUUUUUACAGAAUUUCUAAAGUGAAAAAAAGCUGUUUAAAAACAAAGGGAAAAUGGAAUUUGCAGUGACCACUUUGUCAAUAUCUAUAUAAUAAAAUACUCAUGCCUGUUUAA